AACGCACCCACCCAUCAACCGGCCGGGUCUGACCCACAGAUGGGUCAAGAAAUGUACGCCUCUCCUCUCCAGUUACAACCACCUUCGCAAGCCUUGCCGCUGAUCGGACGGGCCUCCUUCUUUAAGAUAAUAAUAUGCUAACAAGUAGCAACAUUCUCACUCACUCGGGUCUCCCACCCCGAUUCGCCGCCCGAUUGUGCGUGUGAACUCACACUUCGCACAAGAAAAAUCCCCAAUCAACUCACGUUCGCUCGUUAGCGCGAGUUCGCCAUUCAUUCAGCCCUGACUUGAAGUUCAGUUCAGUCGGACUUGACGAGUGCUACGGUGUGGUUCAGUGCUAACGGAAACAGAAUGGUUUCCGCAAACGUAUUCUCGGUGAUCGUCGCGAUAUUGAUGUUUGGAACGUUUGCCGGGGAAGCUUUGCAAAUUGGUUGUAGCGAUCCGGACGAACGCUGCCUUCCGAUCCGCCACUGUUCGCCAGUGUACAGGCGUAUCGAAAAGGAAGAACAUUUGACAAACGCCACGUUCAUGAAGGAGAUACAUCGCAAAACCUGUCAGCCGGCUGUACAGCAGGACAGGAAAACCCACAUUUGCUGCCGCAAGCGCCACAUCGGCUGCCGGCUGAAUGGGAAACCGGGUGCUUGCUUGCUGCGUGAGCAGUGCCCAACACUGCAGACGACUACCGAGCGGAAGCUGAUGCAAAAUCCGGAGCAGAAUCUGUGCUAUGUGCACGACCGAAGGCAUUACUUCUGCUGUACUGAUCCGUACUGUGCCACGCACAAAAAGCUCUGCGAACAGGAGGCAGCGCCUCUGCAAGCAAAACAACCCGCCUCCACCUUUCCCCGCUGUACGGGCGCUAACGGUGAGGCGGGUUCGCUAGUUCCCGCCGUGCUGUGUGGUGGCCAGCCGCCUCGCCCCAGCAAGCGAUCCGUCGAUCAGCGGACGUGCUGCGUACCGCCGGCACAGCCGAACCGGCUCGUUUCCCACCCGAACGCAGCGAAACUGGCGCGCCUGCCGUGCGGUACGAUCGGGCUGCUGGUUAAAAUCCAGGACGGUACGUACGCACAGCGUGGGGAAUUCCCGUGGAUGGCGAAUCUGGUUUACAAGCAGAAGGCGAUCUGCAGCGGCACGCUGAUUCAUCCCUCGUACGUACUCACCGCUCGGCACUGCAUCAACGGGGGGCUGGUUCGCGUUCGGCUCGGGAAGCACGAUCUGCUGGAAAGGCCCGAAUGCCCGACCGGCACGACGGCGGGAGGCGUGGACUGCCCCCAGCUUCAAGUGCAGGAGAUUGCUAUCGCGCAGAAAAUGCGCAGCCACACGCACGACGUCGGGAUGCUGCGGCUGGCCAGCCCGGCCGAUGUGGCGGGCGAGCUGGUACGGCCGAUCUGUCUGCCGGUGUACGCGUCCCUGCGCAUGUACCUACCGCCCACGGUUACCAUCACAGGCUGGGGACUGACGGAGAAGGAGAAGCCGGCAACCGUGCUGCUGAAAGCGCACACCCCCCUACUGAUGGACGAUCCGGCUUGCGCCAAGGACUAUAUGAUCUGCGCCGGUGGCACUAGCCACAGCAAUCACUGUGGCGGUGACUCGGGCGGACCGUACCAGGCGCUCGGUGUGUACGAUGGCCAGUCGCGGUACGUGCAGUACGGCAUCAUCUCGGACGGGCCGGCCUACUGCUCCAAUCCGGAUCGUCCCAGUCGCGGUGUGCUGGUGGGGUACGUUAUGGACUGGAUCCUGGACCAUAUGGUGUUGUAAGGAAAAGACAGCAAGCGAGCGAGAGAGUGAAUGGGUGAGUGAGUGAGAGAGUCAGUGGUUUCCGGUCUCAAAUGAAUCAUUAAAAAUGCUCAUAGAUUUUACGUACCCAGUUGCCAUAGGUUUUAAGCAGUGUAUAUGAAUGCGAAGUUGAAUAAAUUG